AGUGCCUGAGAUAAGAGUAUGUGAUAUUAAUGAUUAGGCAUAUAAAACAGUUGUCAGUUCAUACCUACGAAUUCGAAGGAGCCUAUAUGUUUACAUUGCAUUGUUUGUCGCGAAAACUGCGUAGUUUUAGGGCAUGCCUUCGGUUCAUUUGGGUAUCAAUUAUCAAUACCUACCAAAGUGACAGUCUUGUAUCAUAAUAGUGGUGGAAGCAUCUACCUUCAUUAGCCGUGUGCC